AUGGCUGAGGAGCCCCGCCAGCGAAAAGACCCCGCCAGCAACGAGAAGCAACAGGCACAGGCACGGAGAACAGCGGAAAAUCUGGCCCCGCGAUUUUUUGCUCUGCUCUUCGCCCUCCUUGCCAUUUAUAUCCUCUUUUCACCGCCUUCUUCAAGCCUUUCCCCUCCAGUCAAUCUCGCCUCUGCCUCUACCUCUUACUCUGUUCCUUCAUCUCAAGUCAUACCAGACAAGAAUAUCGCCAAAAUGUCCUCCUCCGAGCAGACCUUCAUCGCUAUCAAGCCCGACGGUGUCCAGCGUGGACUCGUUGGUCCCAUCAUCUCUCGUUUCGAGAACCGUGGCUUCAAGCUUUCCGCCAUCAAGCUCAUCACCCCCGGCAAGGAGCACCUCGAGAAGCACUACGCUGAUCUCGCUGGCAAGCCUUUCUUCGCUGGUCUCAUUGAGUACAUGAACUCUGGCCCCAUCUGCGCCAUGGUCUGGGAGGGCCGUGACGCCGUCAAGACUGGCCGAUCCAUCCUCGGUGCCACCAACCCCCUUGCCUCUUCCCCCGGCACCAUCCGUGGCGACUUCGCCAUCGACGUCGGCCGCAACGUCUGCCACGGUUCCGACUCCGUCGAGAACGCCCAGAAGGAGAUUGCUCUCUGGUUCAAGGAGGGUGAGGUUGUCUCCUGGAAGUCCGCCCAGUUCAACUGGGUUUACGAGAAGGCUUAA